UCUCUCUCUCUCUCUCUCUCUCUCUCUCUGCUAGAGGCUUAUAUGAUUACAGGCCAGCUGUUUCUUAUCCCAAAUAGUUUCAAAUUUUCAGUUGUGAAUAGUGAUGUCUUACACCAAUGGGAAUCUUACCUUGUGAUCGAGGAGGCGAAAGAUAUUUUUAUUUAUCAAAUUUAUUUACUUUUGGUUGUGUAUAUUACCUUCAGAACGAAGUAAUGGAGUCCCAUAGUAUUACUCGUGCAUUUGGUAUAUGUUUGCAUAUACAUUGGAGUGAGAGGACUAUAUUAUUUUAAUUUCCAUAUAAGCCGACUGCAUGAGACAUGAUGUCAUAUAUAUAUUCAGUGGGAAUGCAUGCUUUUCACUCUUCAGUACGUGAUCUUAUUCCCUGGCGGAGUGGCGGUCAAUAAUCUAAUCAUAAUGUACAUGAUCAAGGUUCCCACACUGAUAUGUUUACACAGUUUGUUCAAUCUGGAACGAACAUGUCUAUCCCACAAGCACAACCGGUGCCACCUGCUGGGAUUCAACUAGCCUCCACCACCAUCGAUAUUUUGGCAGAUAAACCUGUACCCAAAACACCUUCGCUUCAUCUGCUAGAGCACAAAAAUAGAGAGCAAUACCUGAAUAUAUGCGUGCCUCUCUAUAAGUAUGCACUUAAAGGUGAUUGGGCAGCAGCUGAAAAAAUCUUGGAAAAGGAUCGGACACUUUUGAGUGCAGCCAUAUCAACAGGAUGGGACACUGUUCUUCAUAUUGCGGCAGGAUCAAGACAUAUUCACUUUGUCGAAAAACUGGUUGAAAUCAUGGACAAUGAACAUUUGGCUCUCCAAGACAAAAAUGGAAACACUGCUUUAUGUAUUGCUGCCGCUGCUGGAGCUUUAGAAAUCGGAGAUAUUCUGAUUAAAAGGAACGAUUCUUUGCUGUCAGUUCGAGGAGGUCAAAAAAUGGCACCACCCUAUAUGGCUGCUGUGUUAGGACAAUCAGAAAUGGCAUGGUAUUUGUACCCUCAAAGUAAGAAGAUGAUGAAGAAACCCGACCUCGAAAACUUGUUCUUUUCCUGUAUCAACAAUGGUCUGUAUGAUCUAGCCUUUAAGUUGCUAGAUACAGAUGGAUCAUUAGCCAAGGCACGCACUGACCGGCCAAAAAAUAAAACAGCCUUGCAUAUUUUGGCUCGAAAGCCUUCAGUAUUUGGUUCCCAAAGUCCAGGAAUCUGGGGUAGACUCAUUAAAUCAUUCCUCCCAGGUUUUAACUUUGCGUUCCAAAAAAAUCUAAAUCAAACUGGUGAAGCACUUAAGCUGGUCCAACGCCUUUGGGAAGAAAUUUUGAAAAAUGAGCAUGACGAUGUAAUGAGGCUGAUCAAAUAUCCUUCAAAUUUAAUAUUUGAUGCAGCAGAAUUAGGAAAUCAUGAGUUCCUGAGCGUGCUUAUGAGCUCUUAUCCUGAGCUUGUCUGGGAAACGGAUGAAAAAAAUCGAACGAUUAUUCAUCUUGCAGUUUUGCAUCGUCAUACGAGUAUCUUUACUCUAGUGCAUGAGAUAGGCUCAAUAAAGGAUGUCAUAGUGACAUAUGAGGAUAAUGAGGGUAACAAUAUAGUGCAUAUGGCUGCAAAAUGUGCUCCUCAAAACCAAUUAAAUCUGGUGCCGGGCGUAGCUCUUCAAAUGCAGCGAGAGUUAGUAUGGUUUGAGGAAGUAAAGAAGAUUGUUCAACCUCAAUAUAUAGAGAUGGAAAACGAGAAAGGAAAAACACCUCAAGAAUUAUUCACCGAGGAACACAGGGAGCUGAUGCUUCAAGGAGAAAAAUGGAUGAAGGAGACUGCAACUUCAUGCUUGCUUGUUGCGACUAUUAUUGCCACCGUUGUUUUUUCAGCGGCAUUUAGUAUACCAGGUGGCACAGAUGAUCAUACUGGAAAACCAAAAUUUUUGCAAGAGAAAGCUUUUAUAUACUUCACAAUAGCUGACGGAGCAGCACUCUUUUCAUCUUCAACUGCAAUGCUGAUGUUCUUAUUUAUCCUCACCUCGCGGUAUGCGGAAAACGAUUUCCUCAAGUCCUUGCCUUUGAAGUUGAUGGUUGGACUGAGUUGCCUGUUCAUCUCAAUAGCAUCUAUGAUGAUGGCUUUCAGCACUGCUUUCUAUUUGUCUUGUCAAUAUGGAUCAAGAUGGGUUCCAGAUCUUGCAUUUUUCUUUGCAAUUGUCCCUGUUGCUUUAUAUGCAUUUAUGCAAUUCCCUCUUGUGUCUGAUAUAUCCUCUUCAACAUUUUGUUCUAGUCUUUUAUUUCAGCCAUGGAAAUAUAUGAUAUACUAAGAAGUCGGGCUAAAAUGUUCAUAUGUUGUAUAUAUUUUCUACCUAGUUAAACCUUUGGUCCCAAAUACAAUAAUGAAGGUACAUGUGCUGAUGUGCAUAUGGAU